UUGAUACCAAAAGUAAGAGUGAUGGGAAAAAUAACAGCAGAAACAUUUGAUAGGCUCUUUGAACUGGGAUUAAAUUUGGAUACUUUUCAUCUUAUUGGCCAUUCUAUGGGAGCUCCAUUGGCUGCAGCUAUUGGUGAAUUCUCAGACUAUGAUCUACCUCGCAUUACAGGAUUGGAUCCUGCAGGCCCCGGCUACGAUGAAUCAUCAAAAGCUCUUAAUCUUAAUUACAAUAACGCGAUAUUUGUUGAUAUUAUACACACUGACAUGGGCUUUUUUGGCACCACAAAACCUAAUGGUACCUCGGAUUAUUUCGCCAACGGAGGCGAGAGACCACAACCUGGUUGUCCGUACCCUGAAUCUGUGCAAGAUACAGUCGUUUACAGUUGCGCAAAAUCUAUUAUCAAAAUCAAUAUUUGAUAUUUUUACAAAUAAUAAUGUAGACACUCAAUUAAGAGCUAUGAAAGAAGAAAACGAUAAAAUAUCUGCGGGAAUAAAAAUAAAAAUUCAUACUGGAUAUACUCUUGAAUUUGCUACGACUACCGAUAUUCCGAUUAAUGAGCCGGAAAUAAUUUAUCAUUAUAUUGAUAAUACUAAACCAUUGGUAAUGUAUAUUCAUGGAUAUCGCGAGCAUCCGGCUAACGAGAGUAUUCGGACUGUAAUUGGAGCUUAUUUGGAUCGAGGAACAGAUAACAUAUUUUUGGUAGACUGGAGUGACUUGUCAUUCGACAGUUACUUAAAUUUAUUACUACAAGUAAAAGAUAUGGCUAGAAUAAUAGCAAACACACUCGAUAGACUGAUCGAAUUGGGAUUGGAUCUCGAUACUUUCCAUCUUAUCGGUCAUUCGAUGGGAGCUCAAAUGGCUGGAUUCGUCGGCAAAUAUUCUAAAUACACUUUACCUCGCAUUACAGGACUAGAUCCUGCGGGUCCGGGAUUCUACCUCCCAACAGCUGAACACAUUAAUGAUAAAAGCGCAAAAUUCGUUGACAUUUUACAUACUGACGGGGGUUUUUAUGGCGCUUUGGAAAAUACUGGUACCGUAGAUUUUUUUGCGAAUGGAGGAAAGAGAGCCCAGCCUGGCUGUCCUUUUCUCGGAGUUCCACUAACUCCAACUGAUUUAUGUAAUCACUGGAGAUCCUGGAGAAUUUACGCAGAAAGUAUAAAAGAUCCUUAUGCAUUCCCCGCUGUUAAAUGUCCGUCCUACCGUGAUUACUCAGAAGGCAAUUGCAAAGACAACAACGUUGUUUAUUACGGAUAUUCUAUUUCAACAGAUGUGCGCGGCUCCUACUUCUUUGAUACCAACGAUAAAUCUCCAUACGGAAAAUCUUUUGAGUCUUCUGAAAUUUUCCGAUGACCGAAAUCAAAAUACUCUUUAUAUAAUAUUUAUUUUACUCUUCUUAUUAAAUUAUUCAUAACUAAAUUAAUUA